ACCUGUCGGCCCUUCAGUGGGGCAGGCGGGGGGGCAGGUUGGGCGACUCUGGGGAGGCCUCCGAGCCGCGGAUGCCCGAGUCCACGCGGACCCGGGGUCUCGCUACCCGCGAGCGACUCGGAAUCCACGAGUGUCUUUCACUUUCAGUCUCCAGGAAAUGGAACUGCGUCGACCGUGUAUCUCCAGCCGGUGUCGUAAAGCAGGAUAAUCAUACAGUUAACCCCCAGUUUAAGUUUAGGUUCGAGUCCGUGGUGGUCGCAAUUGAACGCACCGAUUUAGAGGGAGUGAGGGAAGAACAAAACACGAAAAAAUGCCCUGCAGACCGCAGCGGGUUGCAGCCUCAGUCCACGCGGGCCCGGGCAGCUUAGGAAGCGGUACUUUCUCUGCGGCCCCGGGCUGUCACCUCCGCCUCGCUCACUCUUACCACGCUGCAAAUUCCCUGAGUGGUUACAGCUGAGUGCAUAGCCAUCCCGCACCUUUGGCAUGAAUUCCCAGCGAAAUCUCACUUCCCAGGAGAGCCAGGCAAAAGGAAUUAGACAAAGGCUUCCCGCAACCGUUUGUUUUGAACUUGUAAAACGGCCUUAAGAAGCAUUUGGAGCUACUAGAGAGAGAAUGCAUUUUCUGGCUAGAACCUCACUCAGGAUUCUUUUGCCUCACAGCUUUGAGCGAGCAGAGAGCUGGGCGCGGGCGAGAUGGCCCUGGUGCCCUAUGAAGAGACCGCGGAAAAGGGGCUGCAGAGAUUUCACAAGCCUCUUGCCACCUUCUCCUUGGCAAACCACACGAUACAGAUCCGGCAGGACUGGAAGCAACUGGGAGUCGCAGCGGUGGUUUGGGACGCGGCUAUCAUUCUGGCCACAUAUCUGGAGAUGGGAGCUGUGGAGCUCAGGGGCUGCUCUGCCGUGGAGCUGGGUGCUGGCACGGGGCUGGUGGGCAUGGUGGCUGCCCUGCUGGGCAUAAUCACACCAGCAGAGAAGAAUGGGAAAGGAGAUAACAGUAAGAGUUUUGGAGGCUGGAAAUGGAUGAAUGGUAAUGAACUUGGAAAACCUCAGAAGGCCAACUCAUGAGGCAGAGGCAGGGACAGACUGAUUUCUGCCACAAAGUCCUUAAGAGGCUCAGGAUCUAAGGCACCCCAGAAGGCAGAGUGAAAGGAAAGGCUGAAAAUAAGGAAGGCUGAUCGAAGGUCUUUGAAAAGCAAUUGGAUCCCCUCUUCAACUCUCUGUGGAAGAAUAACUAAUCUAUACCCUAUGCUGACAGAGAAAUGGAGGUUUAUUUUCUGGAUAGGUGGUUUCUUGACUGCCUAACACCAGGCACUGCUGAGGUGGGUACUAAGUCCCAGUCCUCUUCCCUCGUCUGGCUCAAAGGUCUUUACCUAUAAGCAGAAGAUUAGUAAAGCUUUUCUCUGCAAAUGUGACCAACACUAAAGGGAGAAGAAAGACUUAAGAGAUAAUGACACAAUAAAGAUGUAAAAAAAAAAAAAAAAAAAAGAGAGAUAA